AUGGGUUUCGCUCUCUUCACUACUCCUUUUGCCAUUGCUGCCAAAGAUGCCCUUCAGGAGAUGGUGUUUGAUGAGGAAUCAAAGUCUGUUUUGCACACAGAUGGCAAAGAAAAAUCUAUUUGUCAAAAGGGUAUCUCUGUAAUGAGUAAACCAAUUUGGAAGCAGGUUGACCCCCGAUUUGUUUGGAACAGAAAUAUUUUGGAGGAGCUCAUUGAGAAUAAGCUUGAUGGGUUUAUCAUCCCUCUGUUACAAGGGAAUAUCCUGAAGCUUUUCAAUGCUUAUUUUGUGUGUGUGUGCGCGCGCAUGUGUUUAUGCAUGAGCACAUGCGUGCGUGUUAAAGGUAUUAUUUCCACAGGAAAUGUGCCUUCAGAUACUGAUUGUUCCGGUUAAUAUCUUUUCAACUCAAUAUCUUAAGUGGACCAAUUCACUGGCUGACUUGCUUUUUUCUUCUCUGGACCCCAAAGUAAAUUUC